AUUUGUGAUUUACUUGUGGACUGUUGUUUCCUGAUUUGACAGCUCGUCCGCCAAGCCAUCGGAAACCAUUCGUCGUCGACCAUGGUACCCACGCCCUGAGAUGCGAACCACCCGAGCACAGACAGACAGCAGCAGCGGUGCAUGUAGCUGACGCGCAAGAGGGCGAACGGACUGCGAGCGAGCAGCGGCCUUGGGCACGACAGGAAACCAACAAAACAUGGAGGCCAGCGGCAGCAGCGAUGGCAGCAGCGGUGCAGGAGGACAAGAUAGAGGUCUGGAAGGAGAACAAAAGCUGGAGGAGAAAAGACCGUCACAGGUCCUCUUUGAUACGCUUUUGGACCUGUGUCCUUCCAUCAGCUCUGUACAAGCUGUCGCCUUGGCCACUGCCGACGAAUUUCCAGGCGGUGAGGCAACCAGGAAGAAGCGGCUGGCAAAGAUCGUCCUCCGAGCCGCCUCGAGCGGAGACACGGAACUGCUUUCGUGGAUUAUCUACGUCAGGUCGAAGGCGAAGCAGGCCAGGGCGAACGGCGAAGACGGCAGCAGCAGCAGCAGCGGCAGUAACGGCAGCGCUGUGCCUCCGGAGGGAUGGGCCUUCGAGGGCAUUGACAUCAGCCAGCUACGAGAUGAGGAAGGCUCGGGCCCAGUCGUCCUGGCCGCAAGUUCGGGGCAUGCCGAAGCCGUUCGGAUCCUGGUGGGCAGCGGGGCCGACGUAGAUGAGCGAGAUGCAUGUGGCUGGACGCCGCUUAUGUGGGCUACAAACAGCUCCAACCUCCCUCUUGUCUCCUUCCUCCUCUCCCACGGUGCCGACAUCGAGGCCAAGAGCUCAAAAGGGGCCACCUGCGAAGACUUCAUCAUCUCCUCCUCACCAGAGACGUUCAUCAAGCCACUCCCCACCUGGCUCGAGCCUGGGCCGAGUCACAGACCUGCGCUGGGAUUGGUCACGAGAGACGCACCGCCGGCGAGCCCACGAACCACGGACCGAGAACUGAUCGCAGAUAUCGUGUUCGAGUACCAGCAGGCGACAGCAAAGAGCAAGCUGCAGGGUAAGGCCUCUGUGCCGCAACAUCUACGAUCGCUCAGCAUGGGCACCGAUGAGACCAACCCAGCGCGGCCCGCCAGUCCUGGUCUGCUGAGUCCUCCGUCUAUGGUCCCGGAUCCCGUCACGCCCUCCAAAGCCAGCUCCAAAGGCAGCCUGUUCGGGCACAGCAGAACAAUGAGCGCCAGCAAGCGGCGCCUAGUCGGCAGAGACGAACGGACGCAGAUCGCAGAGGCUGAGCUCAGAGCACGAGAGGUGGCCGAAGGCCGGAGGAGAGGGCUCUUGGACAUGGCCGUGAUGCUCGGCGUGGAAUACGACGUGCUGGUGGGCGAGCCUCCAGUCGUGACUGAGGUGACGCCGUCGGCGAUGCGAAAGGCCAAACGAAGAGGUACCAAGCCCCUCAAGCCUACGCAUUCAGGUUUAGCAUCAGGCUGUGGCGCCGCCGAAAUCGGCAGUGAUGUUCUUUCGAUCGAGUUCGACUUCGAAACGGUCCGAGCCGAUCAGAUGCUGGUGUUUGGGGAGGCCGACUUGGAGCCACUACUGGACCUUGUCGUCACAAAGAUGAGACCCGUUCGAGCGCCCUGGACCCAUCGGUCUGCACCGGCGAACGUUUUAUUCCUCUGCAUUCGAUUUGCAUGCAGUCUGGACGAUUACGAUCUUCUCGAAGGGCUGCUCCUCGGUGCCGCCGACCACAUCGAGGAAAUCCUCUACGCCCACUCGACCGACAUGACUUACCUGGCCUUCUGGCUGCAUAAUUGCAUGCUUCUCUUGCACUACAUGCAGCGCGAUGUGACGCUGCGACACUGCGAGGCCCUCGAUGACCUCCGCUCCCUCGUAGCCGAUCUCAUCAACGAGCUCUACGUCUUCGUCAUUCGUGACCUCGAGAGACGCAUCGACAAGGUCAUGGACGCUGCCCUCCUGGAUCACGAUGCGAUUCCCGGCAUGGAAGACGUCAAGUUUGAGGGCGAGUGGACUUUCAUCAAGACUUUGACUGGAAGCGUCAAGAACCUGGGACAAGGCUCCCACUCCUCAUCGUCCGCUGGCGGGUCGGUGAGGAAGCCAUUGGGUCAGAUCUUUGCGGCACGAAGCAGCACGCCAGAAGCAAACAGCGAUGGAGCGACGAUGCAUGCAAACUCUUCUUCGUCGCCAGGAGUGGCUCCCGUUCCCUCGCCUGGCACGCCGUCGAGCCGACUGCGGGGGCUGGAGAAGCAUACGUCUUCACCGGCAACGACGACAGCGUCUAUCCGUCGGACACCCUCAGUGAUGCGAGAGUCGUCGUACGACGCCACGCCUGAAGAUCUCCUUGCCAAGCCCUCACCACGCACGAUCACAUCGCUCCUCACUUCGACGCUGCACGUUCUGCAGCUGUACGAGGUCAAUCCGGCCGUCAUCAUUCAGGCCCUUUCUCAAAUCUUUUUCUGGGUGGGCUGCGAGCUCUUCAAUCGGGUACUCACACGAAAGAAGUACCUGUGCCGAUCCCGUGCCAUGCAGAUCCGUCUCUCGGUGUCGGCCCUUGAAGAUUGGGCCAGGUCCAACGCCUUGCCGCUGUCUAUUGUCAACUCUCACCUCGCACCGCUCAAUCAGCUCAUCUCAUGGUUGCAGUGCCUGAGCAGCUUGAGGGAGCUGGACGGGCUCAUUGCGACAUUGCAAGGACUGCGGGUCCUCAAUCCAGUCCAGAUGAAGCGCGCGGCGAGGGACUACCGGUACGAGGUGGGCGAGACACGUCUGGGCGACGAGUGCGUGCAGUACCUUGAUCAACUGCACGUUGACUGGGAGAGGAGGAGGCAGGAAGUGGAGCAGGCUCGGCGAGAUGCAGAGGAGGAAGAGAAGGCGGCAAAGAAGCUAAAACAGCGCCAGGAGGAAGACCAGAAAAGAACGAGGAAGAGCGCACAUGGUCGAAGUGGCACGGCCACGCAGGCCGAUCCGAGUGGCAACGAGGAUGAGCUCGAAGAAGGGGAAGGAGAGGGCGAGGAGGGAGGUAAUGACACGCUCGAUAGCAACACAACAGCUCGAACGGCUACAGCAGACGAUGUGAAGGCAUCCGCAACUUCUCCGCGGCUUGCUCAGCACCAGAAUCCGAACGAGUCGAUCGCGCGUACAGCACAGCGAGCUAUCGAUAGUCUCUUUGAUCCUGGAAGAUCCAUGUCGGACUACAAGCCACCGUGGUCCGCGGCAGGGCAAGAACAGCGAUACGGCCAUACAGAGGCGAACACUGCCCACCCGCAAGAUGGGAGCGGGGAAGCUUGGAUCCUCACGGAGCUGCUCAAUAGCAGGGACAUGCUACCAUUUGCACUGCCGAGCAAGGCAGAGGCCCUCAUUGUCAGUCCUGGCGAUGCAUUUGGGUUCGGACGGGGACAUUUCCAAGGAACGGGAACGCCCUCUCUGAAGAGCUUGCGAGGAGGGCCUUCGCCACUGAUGAGCGCUGCUCCGAGUCCCUUGGCGAGUCGCUCGACAACACCGCUCCCAGCUCUGGUCUCAGGCACCGCGCAGAACGGUGCACCUGGUUCAGGAGAGCCUCAGGCAGGCGACGAGGGCGAAGACGACGAUGAGGACCGAAAAAGCACCACGACUUCAUCGUCGCUCGCCAGCGGCCUCUCGGCGAGCUCCACCUCGUCCCUCUACCCUUUGGGCAGGGGCUUUGCCGCGGGCGCAUACUGGCAGCCCGUCCCGCUCCUGCCGGACGGCAUGCUCGAAAAUAUCGACGAUGUGAUGCAGAAGAGUCGCGCAACGUCGGCCGCUAUCUUGACAACGGCGGCGCGUGCCCCGUCGGCGGAUGCAGAGCUGGCGAGGAACGCGACACUCAAGGCUCUCCCGCCGCCACCGCUACCGAGCAGGAAUAAGCACCUGGCCAGCUUGAACGUGGACACGGUCAAGCUGGCCGGGGAAGGUCACGAGGCAGCAGAGCGGACGCCGACCUUAUGAAAGAAUCAAGCUCGCAGAUUACGGUAGAGAACAAGCAAGACAACGCAAGCCUCAUGAUCAUUCCCAUGUAUCUCUUUUUCUCUCACAUUCAAGGACGUCAAAUUCAUCCCUUGCAACAAAUCGUCGAUCUUCUCCUGCUUCUUGUGUCAGACAGCCAGCCAGUCAGAUGGUCAUGUGAAAAG